AACACCGCUGUAAGAAAAGAAAGGAAAGGCUUGCUUCUUUUACAGCACACUUGUCUGCAUUGUUGUUAAAAGACAUCCAGCAUUUCGCCGUUUCCUGCUUUCUCACAACGGCCUGUGUCACUUUUUACCUGGCUACAAGCAACAACGCUAAAGUGAAGCUAGUUAGUUGACAGAAUGGAUGUUUGGUUCGGUUUAAGCCAAAUAAGUUGUGUUGAACUUCCUUGAACUAGUUUGGUUUUCAAGCGGACUUUUAACCCACUCAUUUAUUUUAAAAUAACAUCGCCUUCUUUCGUUCAACAACAUGCCUGCGAAGAGAGAUUCACACAGCCCGGCCAAGAGUUUACCGGAGCGGGGGCUGCUCCUGCUGAUCGUGCUGGUUUUACUGCAGGGAUCCGUGCUUCCUCUCGGGGCUGCUAGCUCUCCCAAUACCAGCCGCAAUGACUAUGUGGACAACCCCCAACUGAAAGAGGGAAAGUCCAACUACACUAAAAAGGCAUUCCCUGUGCUCACCCUCGACUACCAUCACAUACAGGCCCCCUUUGAGAUCUCAUUAUGGAUCCUGCUGGCUUCCUUAAUGAAAUUAGGGUUCCACCUGAUACCUCGUCUGUCCGGCAUUGUGCCAGAGAGCUGCCUGUUGAUCACCGUGGGUCUGCUUGUGGGGGGGCUCAUCAAACUAGCUGGAGAAGACGUCCCCCCAGUGCUGGACUCCCGUUUGUUCUUCCUCUGCCUGCUGCCGCCCAUCAUCCUCGAUGCCGGCUACUUCCUGCCCAUCCGGCCCUUCAUGGAGAACCUGGGCACCAUCCUGAUGUUUGCGGUGGUGGGGACCCUGUGGAACGCCUUCUUCAUCGGGGGUCUGCUGUACGCUGUGUGUCAGAUCCAGCCGGCCAAUCCCUCCAACCUUCACAAGAUCGAGCUGCUGCCCUGUCUGCUGUUCGGCUCCAUCAUCUCCGCCGUGGACCCUGUGGCCGUGCUGGCUGUGUUUGAGGAGAUCCACAUCAAUGAGCUGUUGCACAUCCUGGUGUUUGGAGAAUCUCUGCUUAACGAUGCUGUCACUGUGGUGUUAUACCACCUGUUUGAAGAGUACUCAGGUGCCGGCACAGUCACGGUGCUGGACUGCUUCCUGGGAAUCAUCUCCUUCCUGGUGGUUGCAAUCGGAGGCGUUCUAGUUGGAGUCAUCUACGGGCUCCUGGCCGCCUUUACCUCCCGCUUCACCUCCCAUGUGCGGGUCAUAGAGCCACUUUUUGUCUUUGUGUACGCCUACAUGGCCUACCUGUCAGCUGAGGUGUUCCACCUCUCUGGAAUCAUGGCGUUAAUAGCAUGUGGAGCGACGAUGCGACCUUAUGUGGAAGCCAACAUUUCCCACAAAUCCCACACCACCGUCAAGUACUUCCUGAAAAUGUGGAGCAGCGUCAGCGAGACUCUCAUCUUCAUCUUCCUGGGAGUGGCCACGGUGGACGGACCUCACCAAUGGAACUGGACCUUCGUCACCGUCACCGUCCUUCUGUGUCUGGUGUCUCGGGUCAUAGGUGUGGUUGGUCUGACCUAUGUGAUCAACAAGUUCCGCAUUGUCAAGCUGACGACCAAGGACCAGUUCAUCAUCGCCUACGGUGGCCUGCGAGGAGCCAUCGCCUUCUCCCUCGGCUUCCUGCUGAAAAAGGAUCUCUUCCCCAUGAGGGAGAUGUUCCUCACAGCCAUCAUCACCGUUGUCUUCUUCACCGUCUUUGUUCAGGGCAUGACCAUCCAACCCCUGGUGGAGCUGCUGGCGGUGAAGAAGAAACAGGAGGCCAAGCGGACCAUUAAUGAGGAAAUCCACACCCAGUUCCUGGACCACCUCCUGACUGGAAUUGAGGACAUUUGUGGACACUAUGGACACCACCACUGGAAGGACAAACUGAACCGCUUCAACAAGAAGUAUGUGAAGAAGUGCCUGAUUGCAGGCGAGCGCUCCAAGGAGCCACAGCUCAUCGCCUUCUACCACAAGAUGGAGUUCAAACAGGCCAUUGAGAUGGUGGAGAGCGGAGGAGGAUUCAAGAUGCCGUCUGCUAUGCCUUCCACUGUUUCCAUGCAGAACAUCCAGCCCAAGAAGCCUCCUCCUGCCAAGCCUGCAGAGAAAGCUGAGAAAGCUCCGUCCCAGCUGCCUAAAGGCCGAGAGGAGGAGAUCAGGAAGAUCCUCAGGAGCAACCUGCAGAGGACACGGUUGAGGCUGCGCUCCUACAACAGACACACUCUGGUGGCUGAUCCGUUCGAGGAUGGCUUCGAUGACUUGCUCAUCAAGAAGCAGAAGAUGAUCGAGCUGGAGAAGAAGAUUAAAGACAUGAAUAACUACCUGACGGUGCCUGCUGCCCCCCCCGACUCCCCCACCAUGUGUAGAGCCAGACUGUCCUCAGACCCUCAGUCUUACAGAGCCAAGCCGGAGUCGGACAGCGUGCCGACCAUCCACGUGGACCUGGCCUCCCCUCAGUCUCCGGACUCCGUCAACGUGAUGGAUGAGUUCAGACGGGCCGGCCAGCAGCGGGGGGGGGAGAGGGGGGGGGAGGAGGACCAGGGCCUGAUGAUGAGGCCUCACAAAACAGGUGAGGGAGCCGAUGGCAAAGAUCCUCAGAAGCUGACGAGGUGCCUCAGCGACCCCGGGCCCAGCGCCGACGAGGAGGAGGACCAGCCCUUCCUGGCUUGAUCCAGCUGGAUGUGGAGGGGUCAGCCCCCCCCCCCCCCCCCAUCACUAAUCAGAGAGACGGCUGCUUCACUGCUCCAAAUAUUCUCUUUGGUUCAGAAACCAAUCAAGCCAAAACUGCUAACGCUGUACGAAAACCAGACACACAAAGCAGAAGCAGUCUGAGAAGAGCCAUUAGUUUGUUUUUAUCAUUGCUCUUUAUUUUUCUAAGACCGGAUGCAAACAGCUGCUAUCUGAGAGACGGUGGAGUUUAUGGUUGAUAGUCUGAGACAUUCAGCAAAGAACUAUGCAUAACCAAAGGCUUGGACUGCUUUAGUGUCAGACAAUGUCGUUUUUACUUUGAGUCCCUUUUGUUUUGUUUUACUUUCCUUUUUAAUGACUGGAUAAGUGUUGGGUUUUAUGUUUGUUCAUGAUUUUUUUUUUUAUUCUGUCUCUAUUUGAGACAUUCUGGGCCUCCAGGCCUACAUUUGAUAAACAAAGCAAACCGCUUCAUCCAAUCCUUUCAUUUCAAACAUUGGGUUUAAGGUGCUUGUUUUAAUCCAACAUCUCACUGAAACUCUUCUUUCUUUCUGUCACUUGAAAUUGCUGGAUAUUCAAACUUUAAAUAGUAGCUAGGUUCAGAUAUGUUGCCUUACUUUGUGUAAAACCUUUCACUCGGUGCAUUUGAAACUUGCGUUCUAUUUAUUUCAGGGGUUCUCCCAUCUGUUUGAAAUCACGUUUGUGUAGAUGUUUUCAGUCGUGCUUACAGACCUGCAGCCGUGUUUAUCGGCUGUGCAGCGAGUUGUCUGGAUGUGAAACAUUCCUUACUCUUGUGUCAAGGAAUUAGCUUUUUCCGACCGUAGAGUAAAGCUGCGUGUUUGGGAAGCUUGUGAGACAGAAAGUGAUGCAGCACAGAUGUUUUGAUGUCAGUGAUCAUGCUUGAUUCCCCCCCGGUCUUCUGAAGUUAAAUCACAUGUUGUCAUCAUGUCACGUUUCGGUGUAGAUGUUUUACCUCCAUUUUAAACACCCUUUAAAACUCACUCAAGGUCGAGUUAUCAGUAGUAGAUGUCGCUCUUAAUAUAAAUGUAAAGAAUAAGUGUCCAUCUAACUUCACACUUCUUAAACUUAUACCUGGUUUUAUAAUAUCAAACUAAUUAAUAUUCACUUCUUUCUUGCCUAUUUGCAUUCUCUUUCUUUGUUUUUGAAAUAAGCAUCUAACUCCAUCACCGCUCCGAUUGUUACACAAGUGAAGGGUAGCUUGUACAAUCCAUCCACACCUCUAAACCUCUUGAGAAUGUAGGCAUAUCCUGGCAAAAGAAGUCAUUCUAUGCAGUUAAGAUGUGUAAAAUAUGUAAAUGAAUUACGAGAACCUAUAUUUAUGAAUUCCCUUUCAAACUAAAGUGUUGUAAUCUUGCACCACAUUGAGGCAAACCACUGCGAAAAUCAAAGCUAAAAUCCAACACGGGCAUUCAAAUAAACAUUCUUAAAAACAGUUUGUUAGAGUUUUUGCAAGGAGAGUUAUCUGCAGGCAGGAAUACGUUAAUUAAUGUGUUGUACUGUGUGUCAAAAUAUUGUAUCUUUUAUACACAGCUGCUCAGUGAAUUAGAGUAUACAUCGUAUGAGUUGUUGAUUCAUGUCCAAUUGAACGUCUUGUGUGCCACAGCCCAAAAAACUGAUUGUAAACCCGACAAGUACUCCUUCAAUCCAAUCCAACUUUAUUUAUAUAGCUCAUUUAAUGACAACAGAGUUGACCAAAGUGCUGUACAUCAAUAUAUAUAAUAUAUAUAUACAAAAGCAGCAUAAAUACAUUCAGACAAAAAA